AUGUGGCUCUACCUGGAUCGCGUGAAAGAAGGGUACGCCAAGAAGUUGGUCCACCUCUGGCAUGGACCUUUUCGAGUUCUAGAAUUGGUGGGAGAGUACGCGGCACGUUUGGAAACCCGAGGCACGGAGUACAGGUUAUUUCCAGUUGUACAUCUUCCCAAGAUCGAGAUGGUUAGAGAUUUCCCAACCGAGCGCAAUGUUGAAACGACGAAACAUCGGGUCAACUUUGAUGAAUACCUGUUGCCAGAGGACAGUUGUGAAGAGAGCUUAAGGAAGGUCAAGGAGGUCUUGGAAGCCCCACUGAAAAGAAGACGCAAUAUAAGAGACAGCAACAGGAGCUCCUUGCUCGUUGGAAAGGGUAUGCAGAUCCCUCUGGAUGGAUGGGGUAGAUUUGAAUUGUGGAGCCUUACUCCGGGACUUUGA